AUGGGAGUGCAACCUACAAGUGCAACCUACACCUUAGGCCAGGUGUUGACCCAUAUCACUUCUUAUCUCCCAGUUGCCUUCCCCACCAUCGCUGAGGACGAUGAUGACAAGAUCGUGGGAGGCUACACCUGUGCAGAGCACUCUGUUCCCUAUCAGGUGUCCCUGAAUUCUGGAUAUCACUUCUGUGGAGGUUCCCUCAUCAGCAGCCAGUGGGUCCUGUCAGCUGCUCACUGCUACAAAUCUCGCAUCCAAGUGCAGCUCGGGAAACAUAACCUGGCCCUGACAGAAUCCACACAGCAGUUUAUUAACUCAGCUAAAGUCAUCCGCCACUCUGGCUACAGCUCCUAUACCCUGGACAAUGACAUCAUGCUCAUCAAGCUUGCCACCCCAGCCCAGCUCAACAAAUCUGUCCAAACAGUUGCUCUGCCGACCAGCUGUGUGGCCACCGGCACCACUUGCCUGAUCUCCGGCUGGGGCAACACACUCAGCAAUGGCAUCUGCAAUGGACAGCUGCAGGGCAUUGUGUCCUGGGGCAUUGGAUGUGCCCGCAAAGGCUACCCCGGAGUUUACACCAAGGUUUGCAAUUACGUCUCCUGGAUCCGAUCCACUAUGUCCGCCAACUGAGACACUCUCACUCCAUGUGACCUGCUUUUUCUCAUCAUCCUUUCCUCUCUUUUGGUUCUGAACAUACAAACAGUAUGAAAAAUAAUAAAGAC